AUGGGGAAGAUCACAUUCUUCGAGGACAAGAGUUUCCAGGGGCGGUGCUAUGAGUGCAGCACUGACUGCCCCGACUUGCGCUCGUACUUCAGCCGCUGCAACUCCAUCAAGGUGGAGACUGGCUGCUGGGUUUUGUACGAGCAUCCAAACUACGCUGGCAACCAGUACGUCCUGAGCCCCGGGGAGUACCCUGAUCAGAAGCAGUGGAUGGGAUUCAAUGAUAGCAUCAAGUCAUGUCGCUCCAUCAAAAAUGUGUACGGAAAGUCCUGGAAGAUCAAAUUCUACGAAAAGCAGGACUUCGGAGGUAAAGCUGCAGAGUGCGUCGAUGAUUGCCCAUCAGUGUACGAGACCCUCAAGUUCCGGGAGUUUAACUCCUGCGUGGUGACCGAUGGAGCGUGGGUUCUGUACGAGCAGCCCAACUACCACGGACACCAGUACUUCCUGGAGCGUGGAGAGUACCACAGCUACACAGACUGGGGCGCCACCUCCCCGGCUGUGGGAUCCUUCCGGAGGAUCAGAGAGUUCUAGACCAUCCGGGGUUCUGCAGACCCUCAAGGAGUCCACGGUUAUUGAAGGCCAGCAAAGUCAGCAGAACCCGGAACCCUAGGACACAAGUUCUAGAACAAGAUUCCGAAAUCCCCGGAAUUCCAAAUUAAUUUAAAAGCCAACAGUUCACGAGUUUAGAUGUAAGUGAAGUCACGGACUGUUGAGAAAGUUCCAGAACCCUUUUACGGAACUCAACGUUCCAGAACGCUAAGAUCCAGAGAAGCAUUCAGCCUUCCCUCCGCCCCAUUUUGGCCUCAUCCCCUCUUCUUAUAAUCCCGAGUGUUGUUCUCAAAAUGAAUAAAAUCA